UGGUCGUGAGCGAGUUGGGGUGCCGCCAGCAUUCGCUUCAUUUGUGAGCUGUCACUUGCGGUGUCGAAAAGUGCGGAAAUUUUUCAUUCGUGACGAAAUGGACGGAAAUCGCGACAAAAAACUGCCCAAAAUUCGCGAAUUGCUUGCGCCGGUCAUUAUUUUCGAUGGGUACGGCGGUGCGCGGUGCAAUGUGGAUCCCGAUCGGCCCUGUUCCUACCAUCAGACCAUGUUCAGCGGAGGAAACUUCCGACGCCACAUUCUCACCAAGCAUCCGGUCGAAGCGGCCGAAAGGGGCUUUACGGAGUGCCGGCGGCGUGACAAAAGCCAACCAAUUCCGGAUGUUUUAGCCAACUUCAUCGAAACGACCGACGCCGGCGAAGUGCACUGUCGAAUCACCAACGAUCAAUGUCGAUACUCGCUGCCUCUUUUCAACUUGAAACGAUUCCAAAGACAUGUGUGCCUCGUGCACCCGUGGGAAGCCCGGCAAUGGAACAUGACCAUCGAGGAAAAUGGCGGUAGCUAUCCCGAACAGCACCAACUGAUUCUGCAGAGCGUUACGUACGACGCCAACGGUAUCUACUGCCGAAUCGAUCCGGAAUCAAACUGUCCCUACCGGUUACCGGUCAUGAACUCGAGAGUUUUCAAGCUGCACUUUGUUAACCGUCAUCCCGAGCAAGCGGAACGAAACGGUAUCACCGGGGAGGCCGACGAGGGACCCACAACUGGCAGGGGAGUCCGCACGAAAGCCUUAUCCACGCUGGUCGAAGAGAACGUUUACAUGGACGAGGAAGGGUACCACUGCCAGCUGGAUCCCGGGUGUGAUUACACUGUACAAGGCUUUUGUACGGCCAAACUUUUGGAUCAUUUUCGCCAGAAACACCCGGCACUGGCGCGGGCGAAGGGUUUUUUCGAGAGAAGGAUGUCGAAAAUGGAAACUGACUUCAACGCGAGGAUUCGGAAAUACGCCCAGAAGGAUGAUGAUGGUAACUUCCACUGCCGGAUCGAUGGCGAUUGCUCGUUUGUGCAGAGGAAAUUCUCAAGCCAUAUGUUUCUGCGACACUUUCGUAGUCAUCAUCGCAGGGCUGCCAAUGAGAAGAACUUUUUCGAACAUCUUCCAAAGCUGCCCAGGAAGCGUGGAGGAGUGAAACAACGAUUUGCCUCCAGCGUCAAGAAAGACAGUCAGUAUUCAGAAAAGGUAAGAAAACAUACCGAGACUGAUCAGAGUGGAACUCGUUGCCGAAUCGCAGGACCCAUUUGUGAGUACGUACAAGGUACAUUCAGGUCAAGUAACUUUACACGGCACUUCCGGAAUGCGCACCCCAAAGAGGCAAAGGAGCAUGGAUUUUUCGCAAACUUUGUAACGGUUGUGAAAAGUGAAUUUCCGCACUCGGCCGCGGGUAAGCAAUCGAAGCGACGUCGUGAAAAGAUCAACUACAAUAAAAUGGUGGAAGACUGCAUCGUGCGAGACAUCAGCGGUAGUUCGUGCAAAAUCAGCAACGAUUACUGCAAAUAUCGGCAAGGGAAGUUCGAUCUGGCAAUUUUCGUGGCCCAUUUCCGCAAGCAUCACCCGGCGGAAGCAAAGGCGAGGGGAUUCGGCGUUGCAAAGCAUGGCUUCAAAAAGCUCAAGAUGCAAGAACCGGUCGAUCCGUUGGCCAUCAAGGAGGAAGCAGGAGAUGACGAGGAGCUAAACCCGGACGAGGCUCCCCCUUCGAUGAGGCCUCAAACAUCAAUUCACCAGCUGGUCGAGAAAAAUACGCUGCGAGUCAAGACCGACGUGUUCUGCAAGAUCUCCACCGAGCACUGUGACUACAGUCGAAGUGAGGGCUUUGACUCGAAGGAUUUCGUUCGUCACUUCCGUUUCAAGCAUCCCGACGAAGCGAGAGAGAAAGGAUUUUUCUGCGAAGCUAACGACGCGUCAUCCGACGAUACGCUCCAGCAUCAGAAAACGCUGCAUUGUUUGGUCGCGGAAAAUGUGCUCUUGGACGAGGAAGGGAUCCAGUGUAUGAUCAGCGAAACGGCGUGUCCCUUUUUCCAGGUAACGCUGAACGUUUACAAAUUUGUGAGUCACUUUCGCAGUGAGCAUCCGUCGGAAGCGGAGGAAAAAGGCUUCCUGCGGCGGCAGCGAAACAGGAAAAAGAGAAAACGGAAAGUCGUUACCGCCUUCGGCACGAGGCAACGCGGUUCAAUCCGCGUCCUGGUGGAAAAGCACGUCAAGAAAAACGAAACCGGCAUUCAUUGCAGCCUCACCGAACACGAAUGCCAGUAUGUGCAGACUGCGGAGUUCCGCUACCCAAAUUUUAGACGACACUUUAUUGCCGCCCAUCCGGUGGAAGCUCGAGCCGCGGGUUUCGAUGUUGACAGGAAAAAGAUUCACAGCUGGACCAGGAGUUCCGAUAAACGAGCCUAUAGACAGCUAAUCAGGAAGUGUGUCAAGCGAGAUGACGCUGGAAUACAUUGCCGUAUAGGUCCGAAGGAGUGCCAAUACGUUCAAAAGUCCAGGUACGCGCUGAGCAACUUUGUGCGUCAUUUCAAGGCCAAACAUCCGAAGGAGGCGCGAAAGAAGGGAUUUUUCAAGGACGAGGACACCCAAAAACCUAAGGUCAGACCCCAUGUGGACCCGUCUCUGAAAGAGCUCAUCGAGGCGUACAUCGCCCGCGAUGAAAACGUAGUUCACUGCCGGAUAUCGCAGAGGCCGUGCCGAUAUGUUCUGAAAGCGACGUGCAGUUACUACAAUGUGGUUAGCCAUUUCCGGAACGCGCACCCGAAGGAAGCGAUGGCGGCGGGAUUCUUCCCAAGUCUCGCUGCUGCCUCCGAACCGGAUCUCGAGUCUGUUGAACGCAUCAUUCCCGACGAAUCGGACGCACGAGAUGAAACAAUGGAAUCGUUCACUCGGGAGGAAAGUCAACUGGAGAAUCCAUGCCCCGAUACGAAAAAUGCCCAACAAAUUCCAGAGUCUCUCGCCAAAUUCGUCACAUCCAACGACAAGGGAGCGCUCUGUAGAAUCACCAACGGUCAAUGUCGAUACUCGCAGCCUGUUUUCAACUUGAAACGGUUCCAAAGACACAUGUGCCUCAUACACCCGUGGGAAGCAUUGCAGCAGAACUUGUCCAUCGAGCAAAGUGGCGGCAGCUAUCCCAAAAAUUACCAACUGGUUCUGCAAUUCCUUACGUACGACGCGAACGGCAUCUACUGCCGCAUGGAUCCGGACUCAAAGUGUUCCUACCGGUUGCCGACCUUGAACCCAUACUUUUUCAAGCGGCAUUUUUUGGACCAUCAUCCCGAGCACGCAGCCCGAUACGGUAUCACCGGGGACGCGGACGAUCUGCCCAAAGCUGGCAGUGCCGUUCGCACGAAAACCUUAUCCACGCUGGUGGAAGAGAAUGUUUACAUGGACGAGAGGGGGAGCCACUGCCUGCUGGAUCCCAGCUGUGACUUCACGGUUCAUGGUUUUGACGGCCUCAGACUGCUGAACCAUUUUCGCCGCAAGCAUCCGGCACUGGCGAAGGCGAAGGGGUUUUUCGAGAAAAAGAAAUCAUCGCAACAGGCAGCGGAUGUCAACGGUAGAAUCUGGCAAUGCACCCAGAAGGAUGAUGAUGGAAACUUUCACUGCCGGAUUGAUGGCGAUUGUUCGUUUAUGCAGCGAAAGUUCUCCAGCAUAAUUUUUUUGCACCAUUUCCGCUAUCAACAUCGAAGUGCGGCUAAAAAGAUGAGUUUUUGCGAAAAAAAUCGAAUGCUGCCCAAAAGAAAUCGCUGGAUGAAAAAGAAUUGCCGAGCCCCGCAGUACAUACAAAAGGUGAGACAACAUACCGAGACUGACGAGAGUGGGACGCGCUGCCGAAUCGCUGGGCUGGAUUGUGAGUACGUACAAAGUACGUUCAGGCCGGGCAACUUCCAGCGACACUUCCGGAACGUUCACCCCAAAGAGGCGAAACAGCACGGGUACUUUGACGAUACCAGCAUUACCAUUGUGAAAAGUGAAUUUGGGAAGCCAGAUGCGGGAAAUCAACCAAAGAGGCCCGACUACGGUGAAAUGAUCGAAAAGCACAUCAUGAGAGACAACCUCGCCAUUUAUUGCAGAAUCAGUGCCGAUUACUGCAGGUUUCGGCAGUUUAAGUUCGACUUGGCAAGUUUCGUGCGGCACUUCCGCAAAGAUCAUCCGCAGGAAGCGAGGGCGAAGGGAUUUGCCAAGGUGGGUCAAACGGCGAGGAAAAAGAUCAAGAAGGAAGCACCGGUCGAUCCUUUGGCCAUCAAGGAGGAAGUAGAAGAUGACGAGGAGGAGCAAUCGGAUGGCGCGGAUUGGGGAUUGCUAACUCCGGACGAGGCGACCCCUUCGAUGAGGCCGCUCACGUCAAUUCACGAACUGGUCGAGAAAAAUACGCUGCGAGUCAAGACCGACGUGUUCUGCAAGAUCUCCACCGAGCACUGUGACUACAACCGAAGUGAGGGCUUUGACUCGAAGGAUUUCGUUCGUCACUUCCGCUUCAAGCAUCCCGACGAAGCGAGAGAGAAAGGAUUCUUUGGGGAAGAGAACGAGGAGCAACUUCCGCUGGAACGGAAAUCGUUCCGGUGUUUGGUCAUGGAAAACGUGCUCGUGGACGAGAAAGGGAUCCACUGUAUGAUCAGCGAAACGGCCUGUCCGCUGUUCCAGAUCGCGUUCAACGUUGGUAAUUUUGUGCGACACUUUCGCAACGAGCACGCGCAGCUAGCGGAGGAAAAGGGCUUCGUACGGCGAAAAUUCCUCAAGAAAUAUAGGAAGCAGAAACGAACUGCAGCCGAGGAAACAUCCGAGCGGGUACCGUACGUCGCGCCCAUCUCCCGAAGGGAGCUUGUAGAAAAGUACGUCGAGAAAACGGAAACCGGCAUCCAGUGCAAGCUCACCGAUUACUGCAAGCACGUCCAGGUUAAAGAGUUCCGUUACAACAACUUUUACCGACACUUUAUUUCCACCCAUCCGGUGGAGGCGAAAGCCGCGGGAUUCUUCGAUGACGGGAGAUACCUCAAUUAUGUCGCUACCGCGAAACCCGGCAAGCUGUUGUACACUCAACUCGUCAAAAAGUGGACCGAGCGUGAUGACAUUGGAACACAUUGCCGCAUAGCUUCGAGCAAGUGUCGAUACGUUCAGCGGUACAACUACUGUUCGGGCAACUUUGUGCGCCACUUCCGGAUUGAACAUCCGAAGGAAGCGCGCAAGUAUGGAUUCUUUAGAGACCAAGACUCCGACAAUGAAGCACCUGAAACGGAGUCGGAAGCCGAAUCAGUCGCAAAUGAGGUGAAAAUGGAAUCGUUCAGUCUUGAGGGAAAUGAACCGGACAGUAUUUGUCCUGAUGCACCCCAAGAACACCCGCUGCAAAGAAAGAACAUAACCUUUAAAGAGCUCGUCAUGGACUACAUAUCCAGCGAGGGAGACGGAGUGCACUGCCGGAUAGCGCAGAGGCCGUGCCGAUACGUACAAAAAGGGACUUUCAGUUACCACAAUGUGGUCAGCCAUUUCCGAACGGCGCACCCGACGGAAGCGAGAGCGGCGGGAUUCUUCCGAAAUCUCGCUGCUGCUUCCGAACCGGAACUCGAAUCUGUUGAACGCAUAAUUCCGGAUGAACCGGACGCACGAGACGAAACGAUGGAAUCGUUUACUCGGGAGGAAAGUCAACUGGAGAUUCGAUGUCCCGAUACAUUCCACGACAAACCGCCAGAGGAGUCGCAUUCUGAGGAUCAAAGUGUAACUCAGAGCCAGCUCACCGAAAAGUACAUCUUGCGAGAUGAAGUGGGAGUCCACUGUCGAAUAUCUCAAUGGCCGUGCAAAUAUGUCCAGACAGGCAUUUACGCGUACCGGAACUUCGUUCGCCAUUUCCGCUCCAUACAUCCAAAGGAAGCUAGAAAGGUUGGCUUUUUCGCGGGCGUCAACGAAACAUCGGAACCGGAAACGGAGCACGGAUCUGUCGAGCUUGGGGAGGGUCAGUCAAUGGAUCCCGAUACGCUUUGCAGAUCUGAUGACGAGCGUUGGAAGUUGAAAAACGGGCUGCCAAGCUUGAAACGGCUUACCAAAAAGUUUAUUUACCAAGAUGCCCAAGGAGUUUACUGUCGAAUAUCCGCCCAGCCGUGCAGAUACAUCCAGAGGGGGGAGUACAAGUAUACAAAUUUUGUACGCCAUUUUCGCACGGAACAUACGGCGGAAGCAACGGAGGCUGGAUUUUUCAGAGAUCACAGUGAAGCUACGGAACAGGAAUCAGUCAACGGUACAGUUGAGCAGGAGGAUUCUGAUACUGACAUACCCCUUGAACUCGACCUCGGCGGUAAAACAGGCCUCAUUGAGAUCGUUGCAAAAUGUGUCUAUCGCAACCAAAAAGGGAUUCACUGUCGGAUUUCCUCAUCGCCGUGCUCGUAUGUUCAAACUUCCGGUUUCAAGUACCGAAAUUUCAUCAGUCACUUUGCCAUCCAACAUACGGAGGAAGCUAGUAAGGCCGGAUUCUUCAGAAAUGACAACGACUCUUCGGAACCGGAACUGGAACCAGUUGGAGGCAUUGCCUACGAUUCAAUCACGCAAGACGAAACCAUGGAAUCGUUCACUACCGAACAAAGCCAACCAGAAAAUGCUGAAGCAUCCCAAGCUCGAGCAUUACUCUGGAAGAAACCAAGUCUGAAGGAACUUGCCGAAAAGUGUAUCUUCCGAGACGAAAACGGUGCUCACUGCCGAAUAGCUUCGUGGCCGUGCAAGUACGUGCAAAGCUCCACCUUCGUCGUGGGAAAUUUUGUGCGCCAUUUUCGUACCGAGCAUCCGAAAGAGGCUAGAAACAUCGGGUUUUUCCGAGAAAAAUCGAAACCGGUUCCCGUACCCGCGCAAAAUUCACGUAUCGAAGACGUUACGUUGGAACCGAUGGUUGUUGAGCAAAGCCGACCGGUGGAGGUUCUACGUCCGGUUAUGUCCCAAGACAAGUCAAAAAGACGAAAAAACGCGCUUACCUUUACCGAGCUCGCCGAGAAGUGUAUCGUCCGGGACGAGGAAGGAGUUCAUUGUCGUAUAACUCCAUGGCCGCCGUGCAAGUACGUUCAAAAGUCCACCUUCGUCGUGGGAAAUUUGGUCCGUCAUUUUCGUACUGAACAUCCCAUGGAAGCGAGGAAAAUUGGAUUUUUCAAAGAAUCUUCUGAAUCGGAGCUGGACUUAACGCAUGAUCGCGCGUCAGAAUCGUUCAUUCUCGAGGAAAGCCAACCGGAAAUACCUUGCCCUGACACACCCUGCGACGACCCCGCACUGUACUGUAAACUGUGCUUCUCGGUUGACCUUCCGCUGGUUCCGAUCUGCAGCGGCCCAGACGCGGUGGAUAAUCCGCUGGUGGAGUCAAUCGAAGAGUGCAUCAACGUUCGCAUAACCGCCGAUGAUGACGGGUGGAUUUGUUCGGAGUGCAGCCAAAAGUUGGUAGAUUUCCAGCAGUUUCGUCAACUGUCCCGAAUUCAUUAUUCCGCAGUUCGUCGAAAGAAGCAACAGCUUGCAACGACUACGUUUAGCAAUCCGGUUGUGGUCCACUCUGCAAACGAAGCAGACUCGUUCUACGUAGAAAUAGUGAAACAGGAAAAUGACUUUGAAACCCACACGGAACCUCCAGUCACUGAACAACCAUGCGACGAUCAGAAACCGUUCAUCGAGCUGCCCAACGGUUCGUUCUCGUGUCGGAUGUGUCCGCAGACAUUCCCAUCGCUCGGUCCCACCAUGGAACACUUCAUCAGCGCCCACAGCGAGGCAAUGACGCACACGAACAGCGUGCUCGCCGUUGACUAUUCCGACAAGCCACCGUUCAAACCGGUCACCAUCAACAACGUUCAGUAUCUCAAGUGUGCCGACUGUGACACGCUGACCGAGCACGGGGAGGCCAUCAUCGAGCAUCGCAAGCGGUUCCACGCGGGGGUGAAGAUGUUGCCCACGAUCCGGUGCGACCGGGCCGAGUGUGAACAGGUCUUUAUGGAUAAUCCGGCGUACCAGCGGCACUUGGAAAUUUGUCAUGACGUGAUUGAUCCCGGCGAAGGGGGAUCGUAAAGUAUUUAUUUAAACGUGGCUAAUGUAAUAAAUGUCCAAAUGUGCAAGUAA